UUUAAAGAAGAUGAUACUCGAAAUUGGCAGGUCUGAAUGGCGCCUUCAAAAAUUUCAAGAAAUACAAUAGUAAUCGCUUUAGAAAACUAUUUCACACUUGCUACUAAAUAUAUGUUUUUUACGUCACAUCCAAAAAUGUUAAUUUUGGGAAUCGAUAUAACAUCUACGUGUGGCGUUCCGUUCACGUUAAGCCAAAGAACUAUUCUCAUACCAUAACGAGGCUUCCCAGAUAGCAGAGUGGACGACAAACAGAGAGUCAGUCAAUCCAUGUGAAAUUUUGUGUGUGCUUGAAAUAACGAAAAGUUUCUAUUUUUAAGAAUCGAUCAAAUGUGGUUCACAAUUCUGAACAAACAGGUAACUCUUAUCGCUUAUUACAUCGUUCAUUAUCGCCGAUGUCAACAAGGAAUGCCUGCUUGAUACUGGCAGCCGGAUACAGCAAGUGUUCAGUCUAUAGUAAUUCAUGUCAGACAAGUCAGUACAGGACCUGCCUCCGAACGAUUUGGAUCAGUGCAAGUGGUAUGCAAACGAAAACGCACACUGCAGUUCCAAGCUGAAGCGAAAAUUAUGCAACGCAUGUAAAUAAAAAAACGUGGCACGAUCAAAACAUCCCCUACCAGUGCAUCUGGCAUUGCUAUUGUGAGUGAAAAACUGCAUUCGAAACGGGUGUGCAUCAGCUGAGUAGGCGGACGGCUGCUGACCGGAGGGAUUUUGGUGAUAUUUAGGCAAAAGGAGGCUGUGAUCAAACGAACGCACGAUGGGCUCGGAAACACAGCGUAGUAGGCUGGUCGGUGUCAUCGACGAGGGCACCAGUAUAGCCAGAUUUGCGGUGUUCAGGGUUCCAGAUUUUACCGAGCUCUGCUCGCACGAGCUUAGCAUCACUCAGAUAGUGCCGCACGAGGGCUGGGCGGAGCAGAACCCGGUCGAGAUUCUGGAAGCGGUCCGUUUGUGUGCGUUCGAAGCCUGCCAGAAGCUCAAACAGCUCGGUUAUCAGAUAAGCGAUAUCGCAUCGAUCGGUAUUACGAAUCAACGCGAGACUACGGUCGUGUGGGAUAAGAACACCGGAGAACCGCUGUACAAUGCAAUCGUUUGGGACGAUAUCAGGACAAAUUCCACCGUAGAUAAAGUUCUGGCGCGUCUUCCAGAGCAAAACCAUAAUCAUUUCCGAUCCAUUUCGGGGCUACCGGUUUCACCGUACUUCUCCGCUCUUAAACUCAAUUGGUUAAAGGAAAAUGUUCUCACGGUACGGCGGGCCUGCCGGGAGAAAAGAUGUUACGCCGGAACAAUCGAUACGUGGUUAUUAUGGAACCUAACAGGGGGUAAGGAUGGCGGCGUUUUUGCCACUGACGUCACGAACGCUUCACGCACAUUUCUGAUGAACAUCGAAACGUUGCACUGGGAUCCUCUUUUGAUCAAAACGUUCUCACUCCACGUGGAUAUGCUACCAGAGAUUCGCAGUUCCUCGGAAAUCUACGGUAAAAUGAAGGACGGUGGUGUACUGGAUGGUAUUCCGAUAAGCGCCAUUCUUGGCAAUCAACAGGCCAGCCUGAUCGGUCAACGUUGCAUAAGAGAGGGACAAGCGAAGAACACAUAUCGCAAAGGAUGCUUCCUACUGUACAAUACGGGAACAAGAUGUGUACAUUCCACACACGGUCUGGUGACAACCAUAGCUUACAAAAUGGGACCCAACAAGCCGGCGGUCUAUGCCCUGGAGGGUUCCGUCGCCGUUGCUGGCUUCGCAAUGAAGUGGCUUCGGGAUAACCUAAAUUUGCUGAAGGACAUUCCAGUCGAUUCGGAACAGAUUGCCGGAAGUGUCUCUUCUACUGGGGAUGUCUACUUUGUACCUGCCUUCACUGGACUUUACGCGCCGUAUUGGAGAAAAGAUGCCCGGGGUAUUAUUUGCGGCCUGACCAGCUUCACCACCAAACAUCACAUCAUUCGUGCUGCGCUAGAGGCUGUCUGCUUCCAAACACGUGACAUUAUCGAAGCGAUGAAAAAAGACUGCGGCAUCAACCUUACCAAGCUACAUGCGGACGGGAUUAUGACCAACAACACGCUGUUGAUGCAGCUACAGGCGGAUCUAAGCGGAAUUCCAGUUCUGAAAACUGAAGUCGUCGAUCCAACCGCUCUCGGUACGGCAAUGGCAGCAGCGCAAGCGAAUGGAAUCGAUCUCUACAAUAUGGAACCCGAGAAUCGAGACAACCAGCUACAGAUCACGCAUGAGACAUUCCUACCGACCACGACCGAAGAGGAACGGAACGCUCGGUACACCAAGUGGAAAAUGGCUGUCCAGCGGAGUUUGGGAUGGUCCGUUACCAAGAAGAGUGAAGCCAUGACUGAUGAACGUUACGCGUUGCUAGCGUCGAUCCCGGCAAGUCUCUUCCUCCUGACAUCCUUCAUGAUGCUGGUAUUUUCCCAAUCCCGACCCAGUUGAUAGUGAUUUGAAGGUCAAUGCUACGUCGCUGUUGGUUCUUAUUUUGUUUGAUUAAUUGUUAGCUUAGAAUUGCUAUCGUACAUAAUUAGGCCGUUGUCGGUGAAAAAACUAACCAAUGUAAACCUUUCAAAAGACUCGGCCAAGGUGCUUGAAUUUACUAGAAUAUUUCAAUUUAUAACUUCACUCAUUGAAUGUCUCUGAAAAAGUUCAAAAGACGCUGAUACUGGCUAUUUCCAGUAUCAAUAAAUUCUUACAUGUACAUAAUUUUGUUUGUUGUUUUACAAAUUAAGUUUAAGCGUAUUUUAACGAAAUAUAAAUUUAAUGAUGGUAAACAGUUUUAAAACUAUGCAUCGCUUCGUUUUAUAGUGUUAAUCAAGAUUUUUUUAGAAUACAAAUAACAUAACUGAAUAUUCCAGGAAGUUGGCUAGAAUCCGUCUUGUAGGUAUUAUGAAAAUUUAUCAUCAUCCAAACGAUAAAACUAUUUUCGAUGUGAUUGUCUACGAACGGCCAAAAUUGAUUUUUUUUGUCUAGUGCGUCUUUAGAAAAACCAAAAAUUUCCGAUUGACUAUAUUUUGUUAGACGAGAACAACGAUUUUCUUAAGUAAUCUUGGAUGUAAUGUACUUAAACGUAUGUCAAUAAAAAAUUAUUAUUAUUCUGAA